AUGGAUCCAACGUUGACCUUCAAGAACCUCCUUCACUUUGAAAGUCUGCCAUUUGCAGAACACUGCAAAACCCAACCGCCCGAACGGCUCGAAAUUCUCAAGAGGCAGAAGCAGCACGAGUUGAUGGUUUACAGCACGAGCAUGGGUGCCGCUAGUCUUUUCGCAGCCGUGUGGUUCGGGUCGAUUGGUCUCCUGGGAUGCCUGAUCCCUCUUCGGAUUCUCAGCAUUUUGCGAGAACAACUAAACAUCAUCGACCAGAUUAUCAACGUUCAAAUUACGGAGCGGCUCCAGACUACAUUCGAACGGGAGAAACGGGCAAUGUUUGCGCAAUGGGCUUCCGUGCAGUACUAUGUGGAACGCAAGUGCCUGGCGAUGAUGAAGAGACAAGGACUGAUGGUGAAGCAAUUGACAAACGGCGAGAAGGCGAAGCCACGCUUGAGGAAGAGAAAGAGCUCGACUCUCUUCUAUGGACCGGCAACUCCCCCAACAACCCCUGCGUGA